AUAUUGUUCUGUUCUCUGGGUUUGGCAGCAGAGUGACGCCUCAUCCUGUCAUCUCCAGAAACAAUCUCUUGUUUUAUUUUGCAGUUCGAUGUUUUAGCUGCUUUUUCUCUCUGAAUGUUUCAUUUCUGGCUGAUUUUUAUGAUUUUCUGCCUGUUUUUAUUCACGUCUGCUGCAGGUUCAUGUUAAUCUGUGUUUAAGGGGUUCAGAGGUUUCAUGGUUCAGACCUUCAGUCUGAAUCGGGUCGGUGAAGUGCCAGGUUCUGUUUCAUGAACAGAACCAGGGUUCUGGGUCAUUUCUCCUGCAGGAAGUUGAGUCUGUGAGAGCAGAAGUGUUAUCAGCUGUUAUCGCCUCGCUGCGGCGGCGCUCUGGUAUAAAACGGCAGACUGAGAGGAGGGGACAGACACACGGACGAACCGGGCAGGAUGGAGCGAUUUCAGGUGCUGGUUCUGGUCGUCGUGUUCCUGAGAUGCACUCAGGCUGAGACCUCCACCUCCUCCACUGUCGACAUGGAGACCACCAGGACCUCAAACAUCACAGGGACUAAUGCGACCACGCUGCAGUUCAGCUGGUCACCCUCCCCCUCGGAGGCCAGUAUUCCCCCUUCGGAGGCCGGUAUUCCCACCUCGGAGGCCGGUAUUCCCACCUCGGAGGCCGGUAUUCCCACCUCGGAGGCCGGUAUGUCCCCCUCGGAGGCCAGUACGUCCCCCUCGGAGGCCGGUAUUCCCACCUCGGAGGCCGGUAUUCCCACCUCGGAGGCCGGUAUUCCCCCUUCGGAGGCCGGUAUUCCCACCUCGGAGGCCGGUAUUCCCACCUCGGAGGCUGGUAUUCCCACCUCGGAGGCCGGUAUUCCCUCCUCGGAGGCCGGUACGUCCCCCGGCGGCAGCAGCAGCCCCAGCAGUACCCCCCCCGACUCCUCCACCCACCCCUCCGUCACCGCCGGCCCCCAUACGGACGUCCAGCCCUCUGCGAUGACCCGGACCCCGACGGCUCCCAGCCAGAGCCCCCCCGGCGACGGCGGCAGUGCGCCCCGUCUGACCUCUGCCCCCCCCACGGCGGGGUCGGGCUGCGUGUCUGCAGGCCGCAGGCUGCAGCAGCUGCUGCUGGCUGCGGCCUGCAUGCUGCUGCAGCGCGCUGCUCACACCUGAACCUGGACCUUCUCGGUUCAGCGGUGACGUGCUGCAGGCUGAGCUCUCCUCUCAUCCAUCAGAAAUGAUCUGAACUUCUGUUUCUAUGAGCAACAAAACGUUAACCGGUUCUGCUCAUGUUUUUCCUGAACUGAAAGUCCAACCGGCCGCUCCGCUUCGCUGCAGCUGAUGGAAAACUAAACCCUGAUCCUGAUUUACAUCCUGAUUUUAAAAGGAAAACAGCUUUUACUUAAAGAACAACACAUGCAAAUCCUGCUGGUGUUCUUUGUGCAGAGGACAGGCAGGAUUAAACCGCCUGGACAAACUUCCACAUUCAAACAGGAAACCCGGCUCCGCAUUAUUAAAGCUUUACUCAUAAAAUCUGUCUGAAUUUGCUGAAUCCAGAAACAUUUCAGAUGUUUCACAUUAAAAUCAAACCUGGUCCAGAUUAAUCAGACAGGAUUUAUUUCCUGGGUGUAAAAUAUUUAGUCUGAGAUCCUUCAGCUGCUCAGCCUAUUUAUCAAACAUUAAAAUCAGAUCUUUUCAGGAUUUCACAGCUUAAAUUCAGUUUUCCUGAUUUCAGCCUAAGUCCGUUUGAUGACCAGUUCCUCCUUCCAGACUGAACUCAGAGCGACGCUUUGCUCCAAACCUCAGGAAAGAUUAAAAACUAUGAAACUGUUAGAGCUCAGGAUUGUUUAUUCAUCUAAUGUUGAAUUUAAAACGUUGCUUAUUUUGGUGAUAAAUUAUUUCUGAUAAAAAUGUGAUUGAUUAAUAAUAAACCCUGAAAGUAGCUUGAUUAAAACUUUUAAUCCACUGAUAGACAAAAGAUGAAAAAUGUCCUUAUUUCCUUACUUGUAAAAUAAAUAUUAUUGUAAAUAUUUCUUUCACUGUUUGCACUUUCUUGCAGUUGGAAUUUCCUUAUUUGUAAAACUGAUACCAAACUAUGCUAAAGUUUCCUCUUUUUCAUUGUUAAGUUUUUGAAUAAAAGUUCUCAUAAAUAAU